AUGGGGGCUGGGAGCUCGCUGGUGAGCCGUCGUGAGAUUCUGCCCGCCCCGGAGGUGGUCACCAAGAAGGGCACGGUACAGGGGAGGAGGAUUCACUAUAAGAAUGGCCCGGUCGCCGACAUCUACCUCGGCAUCCCCUACGCCAAACCACCAGUCGGGCCCCUCCGGGUUCAAGGUGGGUUCGAGUGGCCGGGUGGCGUGGCUCGACCAGUUCAAGGCCGGUUUCACCGACCGGUCGCCCCGGACGGCUGGCACAACACCCUCUCCUGCCGCUCCUACCGCCGCCGAGCCAUCCAGGGUGAUCCCCGCGUGGGAAAUGCUCGUCUCCCGGCUGCCGGCCACCUCCGGGACUGCCUCUACCUCAACGUGUUCACCCCCAAGUUCGAGGCCGGCAAGAAAUACCCCGUAUUCUUCUACAUCCAUGGCGGCGCCCUGCUGAUGGACUCGCCGGCUCAGAUUCAACCGGAGCCCAUU